CCUGUUUACUUUGCAGACUCAGAGCAGAGCACUGGGUCAGACACAGAUGUGCUGGCAGAAAGGACAUCCUGCUCAUUUGGCUCCCAUUCUGACCUUACAUCUGGUGGCUCAGGACCUCAGGCUCCUCCUCCCUCUUCAUCCAUGGAAGAGAUCCAGGUAGAGCUGCAAUGUGCUGACCUCUGGAAAAGAUUUCAUGACAUUGGGACAGAGAUGAUCAUCACGAAAGCAGGCAGGAGAAUGUUUCCAGCCAUGAGGGUGAAAAUUACAGGCUUGGAUCCCCACCAGCAGUAUUAUAUUGCCAUGGACAUUGUCCCAGUGGAUAACAAGAGAUACAGGUAUGUGUAUCACAGCUCUAAGUGGAUGGUGGCUGGCAAUGCUGACUCCCCAGUGCCUCCGAGGGUUUACAUCCACCCUGACUCACUGGCUUCUGGAGACACCUGGAUGAGGCAGGUGGUCAGUUUUGACAAGCUCAAAUUGACCAACAACGAGCUUGAUGAUCAAGGCCAUAUAAUCUUACAUUCAAUGCAUAAGUACCAGCCCCGUGUUCAUGUCAUCCGCAAGGAUUUCAGCAGUGAUCUUUCUCCUACAAAGCCAAUUCCUUCAGGAGAUGGAGUGAAAACCUUCAACUUUCCUGAAACUGUUUUCACCACAGUGACAGCCUACCAAAAUCAACAGAUCACCAGAUUAAAAAUUGACAGAAACCCCUUUGCUAAAGGUUUCAGAGAUUCUGGGAGAAACAGGACGGGGCUGGAGGCCAUUAUGGAGACCUAUGCCUUCUGGAGGCCUCCUGUGCGCACUCUCACCUUUGAAGACUUCACCACCAUGCAGAAGCAGCAAGGAGGCAGUACAGGAACCUCCCCGACCACCUCCAGCACAGGGACCCCAUCACCAUCUGCUUCAUCUCACCUUCUCUCUCCAUCCUGUUCUCCUCCAGCCUUUCAUCUGGCCCCCAACACUUUCAAUGUUGGCUGCCGGGAGAGUCAGCUUUGCAACCUCAACCUCUCUGAUUAUCCCCCAUGUGCCAGAAGCAAUAUGGCUGCAUUGCAGAGCUACCCAGGGCUGAGCGACGGUGGGUACAAUCGGCUGCAGAGCCCAGCUCCUUCCUCCUUGCCCAGCAACAGCAAGAUGGAGGCGUACAGUGGCCAGCUGGGAUCUUUCCCCAGCUCCCAGUUUCAGUAUGUCAUGCAAGCAGGCAACCCUGCCUCCACCUCCUCCUCUUCACACAUGUUUGGUGGUGGCCACAUGCAGCAGAGCUCCUACAAUGCCUUCUCCCUGCACAAUCCCUACAACCUCUAUGGAUACAAUUUCCCUGCUUCCCCCAGGCUGGCGGCAAGCCCGGAGAAACUCACCACCUCCCAAAGCACUUUACUCUGCUCUUCCCCAUCCAGUGGGGCCUUUGGAGAGAGGCAAUACAUUUCCACGGGGAUGGAUCACGGGAUGCACAUGAUCAGCCCUCCUUCCAGCAACCAGCAGACAGCCAACACCUGUGACAACAGACAGUAUGGUGCGGUUCAGGGCUCCUCCUCACAGAUGUCAGUGCACAUGGUCUAACAAGCCAUGCUUCUUCUUGGCAUCAAAGACA